GUCCUAAUAAUAUAUUGAGGGGACAUCCCGGUGAAUUUUUUCCGUCCCUCCGGUUGCCGCUCGGCAGAACAAGUUAGAUUUACUGUGCUCUACAUUCAUUGUCCCGAUUCCAUUCCAAUUCCCUCACGCUCAAAGACUUGCGAAUCUUUUUCCCUUAACUCUCUCCACUCUCCUCUCUACAAUCUGUAUAUUUUGGAUUCAUUCCAUACCUUGGUCCGGUUUUCUUCACCUAUCAAUUCGAAAUGGCACCAAUUGGCGACGAUGCCACGCAGGCCCUCCAUGACCUAGUCAACAAACUCGAGUCGAGGGUCAAGGAGCUCGAAGAUAAGCUUGCGCAUGCUGCUGGUGGGCCUGCGCCAUCCAGCUCCCAGGGCAUCAGAAUGAUCCUUAUGGGUCCUCCAGGUGCUGGUAUGUGUUUAUGAUUUCCUGGCUUGCGAUCGUGUUUUGAAUACACAUGGGGGUCAUCAGCUAAGUGCUUCGUAUAGGCAAGGGAACUCAAGCUCCUAAGAUCAAGGAGAAAUUCUCAUGCUGUCAUUUGGUAAGUCAUUUUAGUUUUGUGAAAAAGCUCUUCUAAUGAUCAAUUUAGGCUACUGGAGACAUGUUGCGAUCACAAGUUGCGAAGAAGACACCAUUGGGUCGGGAAGCUAAGAAGAUUAUGGAUCAAGGUGGCCUUGUUAGUGAUGAGAUCGUCAUCGGCAUGAUCAAGGCCGAACUUGAGGCCAAUCAAGAGUGCAAGGGAGGGUAAGUGCUGGCGGAGAAUACAAAUGAGGAAAGCUCAUUCUGACGUGAAACAUAGAUUCAUUCUUGAUGGUUUCCCACGUACAGUUGUGCAAGCAGAGCGCUUGGAUGCCAUGCUUUCGGCGCGCAACCAAAAGCUACAACACGCAGUCGAGCUUCAAAUUGACGAUAGUCUCCUUGUAUCCCGCAUUACUGGUCGUUUGGUGCACCCCGCUUCAGGCCGAUCGUAUCACAGAGUAUUCAACCCACCUAAGGCAGAAAUGAAGGACGAUAUCACCGGUGAACCAUUGGUAUCAAGAUCCGACGAUAAUGCCGAGGCUUUGAAGAGGAGACUUGUUACCUACCACGAUCAAACUGCCCCUGUCGUUGGUUAUUACCAAAAGACCGGCAUCUGGAGUGGUAUUGACGCAUCGCAAGAACCCGGAGCCGUUUGGAAAUCACUUUUAGGUGUAUUCGAUAAACAAAAGGCUCCUAGUGGUUCGUUGCUUAGCAAAAUUACCGGUCGCUCCUAGAAAGAUAUUGGAAAUGGAAGUGAUAGGCUAGCUUUGCGUAGAGUUUUUAAAAAGUUGUAAUUGCAUUUAAGUUAGUAGGCAUAAGUGCAAUCUUUCUGGAAGGGAGGCGUUUGUACAACCAAAGCUAUACAUGGAGGGCAUGCCAAUUUAGAGGCUCUGUGUAAUAUAUGCACUACGUUUUCUUGCACAUCAAGAACAUUAGAAAGUGCUCAAAUUGAAUGAAGCCAAUUGAUGAUUUUCUCAGAACAAGACAGCCAAAG